AUGGGUAUUAAGGGCCUGUUCCCCAUCAUCCGAGAUGAGGCCCCAGACGCCAUCAAGGAAGGCGAGAUCAAGAACCAUUUUGGUCGCAAAGUUGCAAUUGAUGCGUCUAUGAGCAUCUACAGUUUCCUCAUUGCCGUACGAUCCGACGGCCAACAAUUAAUGAACGAGUCCGGCGAGACGACUUCUCAUGUAAUGGGCAUGUUCUACCGAACCCUUCGCAUGGUCGACAAUGGCAUCAAGCCCGUCUAUGUCUUCGACGGCAAACCCCCCAAGCUAAAGUCCGGCGAACUUGCGAAACGAUUCCAGCGCAAGGCCGAGGCGAACGAGGGACUCGAGGAGGCGAAAGAGACCGGCACAGCUGAAGAAAUUGAGAAAUUUUCGCGACGCACAGUCCGAGUCACAAGAGAGCAUAAUGAGGAUUGCCAGAAGCUGCUGAAGCUCAUGGGCAUUCCCUACAUCAUCGCGCCGACGGAAGCUGAGGCCCAGUGCGCGGUCCUCGCAAGAGCUGGCAAGGUAUAUGCCGCAGCGAGUGAGGACAUGGACACUCUAUGCUUCGAGAGUCCUAUCCUGCUGCGACAUCUGACCUUUAGCGAGCAGAGGAAGGAACCAAUCCAGGAAAUCCACUUGAACAAGGUACUCGAGGGGUUAGGUAUGGAGCGGGAUCAGUUCGUCGACCUCUGUAUCUUGCUUGGCUGCGAUUAUGUCGACCCGAUUCCCAAGGUUGGCCCCGCCACGGCGCUCAAGCUCAUCCGUGACCACGGCACCCUCGAGAAAGUGGUCGAGUUCAUGCAAAGCGGAGAAAAAUACGUCGUCCCAGAUGACUGGCCCUAUGCCGACGCCCGCGAGCUCUUCUUCAACCCCGAUGUGCGCAAGGCCGACGAUCCCCUGUGCGACUUCAAGUGGGAAAAACCCGAUAUCGAGGGCCUUGUUCAGUAUCUCGUCACCGAGAAGGGCUUCUCCGAGGACCGUGUACGAUCAGCUGGCACUAGGCUGGAGAAGAACUUGAAGAGCAACCAGCAGGCCAGAUUGGAGGGCUUCUUCAAGCCGGUCCCGAAGACAGACGAGCAGAAAGCCGCCCACAAGCGGAAACUAGAUGAGCAGAAUGAGGCCAGAAAGAAGAGGCAAAAGGAGGAGAAGAAGGGGAAGGCCAAGCAGAAGGCCAAGCCUCGUGGUACUACUUGA